AUGGAAGAACGGAUUUACAAGCGCCAGGUCACGAAGGAGUCGACAUCACUGCGUGUGGUUGAUGAAGCACAAAUCCAGCGACAUUUCGCGGGUCUUGAUUUGUUGGAACUGUACAAGUUUGAUCCGGAUGAGUUGCCGAAUGAUGGAAACACUUCAACAAAAUCACUGAUGGCGCCACCGAAAGAUCGAAUGUUGGCUGAUAUCAUCCUAUCACAUAAUGAUUGCAUCGUGAAUUACAUCCUGCAUGACUCAUUGUUCGAAAAUCUGGAAGAGGAGAAGCUCACCGAUCAGGUGACCUUUUAG